UCAAAAUAAGGCGAAGCUCACGCGCAAACAUUGCAGCUCCAAUCAAGGCGCAUUAAUCAACAGGAGACCUCCUCUUUCUUCUUCCUCGUCCCCCAAAAACCCUAACCCUAACUCCACCAUGGGCAACACUGAGAAGCUAAUGAACCAGAUCAUGGAGCUCAAAUUCACCUCCAAAUCCCUCCAACGCCAAGCCCGCAAAUGCGAGAAGGAGGAAAAAUCGGAGAAACUCAAGAUCAAGAAAGCGAUCGAGAAAGGAAACACCGACGGCGCUCGGAUCUACGCCGAGAACGCGAUCCGCAAGCGAAGCGAGCAGAUGAACUACCUCCGCCUCGCUUCCCGCCUCGACGCAGUCGUCGCUCGCCUCGACACUCAGGCGAAGAUGCAGACUAUCGGAAAAUCCAUGGCGGGAAUCGUCAAAGCCCUAGAUUCUUCGCUGGCGACUGGGAACCUUCAGAAGAUGAGCGAGACGAUGGAUCAGUUCGAGAAGCAGUUUGUGAAUAUGGAGGUGCAGGCGGAGUUCAUGGAGGGGUCGAUGGCGGGAUCGACGAGCUUGUCUACGCCGGAAGGGGAAGUGAACAGUUUGAUGCAGCAGGUGGCGGAUGAUUAUGGGUUGGAGGUCUCGGUGGGGCUGCCGCAGGCGGCGGCUCAUGUGAUUCAGGGUAAG